AUGACAAAUAAUUUGACUGGUUUGACUAGAAGUUUCAAAAUUAAAAAAUAUGAUUUUACUGGAUUUUCUAACUUAGAGAAAGUUGGUAGUGGUGCAUUCGGGACUCUUAUUACUUUUGCAAAACUUGAUACACAUAGACACCCAAAUAUUAUCAAAUUUUAUGAGACUACAAAUG